AUGCUUAUCCAGUUGCCUUUGAAGCGGGCGGGACGGGAGUUUGUUCCAUCAACGUGGCRACGUGAUCCUAAAGGAAUCAAAGACCAUGACCCACUUGUGAAGGAGGUCGCCUGUCACGUCGUGCAAGUCUCCAACCGGUCCUUGGUCAAGUUAGCGGAGGCAGUCCAGAGAAAAUGGGAGAGGGAGAAGAUCAAGAGGCGAUUAUCUUACAACUCCUGUGCGUUCUCCAAGUAUCCAAGCGCUGAUGAUCACUUCUCCUGCACACCUCUACCUCCAGGUCCUCUACCUCAUCUCUCUCUCUCUCAGAGUACAGACAGGAGUAAGACACCGACACACGGCCCUAGACCUCUCUUGACAAAUAAUAACACGGGCCGGCCGAGAAGCACCACCCAAAUCAUGUUUUCCUACACCACUACAGCUCGGAGAAAACCUCCACCCAUCGAGAAGCAGCUUGAAUGCACUCUGGAGGAGUUGUGCCAUGGAUGUGUCAAGAAGAUAAAGAUUACCAGAAAUGUUGUUACGGAUUCUGGGAUAAUUGUUCAAGAAGAGGAGUUGCUUAGGAUAAAGGUGAAGCCGGGAUGGAGGAAAGGAACAAAGGUGACAUUUGAAGGGAUGGGUAAUGAGAAACCAGGGAGUCUCCCAGCAGACAUCAUCUUCUUGAUUGCUGAGAAACGGCAUCCCUUGUUUAAGAGAGAGGAGAAUGACUUGGUAUUGGCAGUAGAGAUCCCCUUAAUCAAGGCUCUCACAGGUUGUACCAUUUCAGUCCCUCUCUUGGGUGGGGAAAAGAUGAGUUUGUCACUGGACGAUAUCAUAUAUCCUGGCUAUGAGAAGAUCAUCCCAGGCCAAGGCAUGCCUGAUCCCAAAGAGAAGGGAAGGAGGGGAGGCCUGAGAGUCAAAUUCCGUAUCAAUUUUCCUACACAGUUGAGCAGUGAGCAGCGCUCAGAUAUUCGAAGUCUUCUUCAAACCUCCUCAUGAUAAAUCAAAUUAAAUCUGCCUAGCUUGCUCUAUGCUUCUAGCUUUUUCCUUACUGAUAUUGAUUCCUCAUCCAAUGCCAAUACUCAAACCUUGAAUGUCACUGUACCAUAUACAUAGAAGUUUUAUAUAGUCAUCAUAAAUUACUGAUAUAUGUACAAUUAAUGUUUAGUUUUGCUUUCCAGAAACACUACAAAGACAGCUAGGGGAGUUAAUUCUUGAUAUAUAGA